CCUGUUGUUGCACCAUCGUUCACUUUAAGGUAGACCCUGCACCAGUUGAACGUUUCACGUGUAAUCCGUAAUUCCCCCCUCUCCACCCCCGCCCCCCUCCCUACCCGGUGAACACAGACCGGGCGCGGAGGAGAGACGACGCAUGAUGUCGGUUUGGUGAUGUGGUCGCUUUUCAGGGGCGCGCACCGGGGACCGUGUAUCCGCCUUUCUCUGCGGCGAAACGAAGCAGGAACAGGAGGAGGAGGAAGAGGAGGAGGAGGAGAGGGACGCUGACGGACGGGCUGAUCGCUAAACGGAGCCCUUCACCCGGAGAUCUUGCACAAAUUAGUUUUUAUUUUCAGGUAGCAGAGGGAAUAAACACGCUUCACCGAUUUCUUGUGUUCUUUCCUGGAUUUUUGUCUCUGCGCGCUCGUGUGACGCCGUUUAUCGGGCUCGAUGAACAGGUCGAAAACUUUGAGGAAACAUGUCUGAAGAUGCUCUCCGUUCUGUUUUCGUCGCGCGCGUUUGCUGUGUUUGGUGUCAAAAAACGAGGGAAAACCAAGAGCGCAAGGACGUGCGUGAUCAUCGGUGACAUGAGCGGUGGUCGGAUCCGCGCGGCUGGUUGAUGGCACUGCGCGCCGGCGCGACUUGCAUCGGCCACGUCUUGCGCAGAGUGCCGCGCUUGCACGUCUCGCGUUCGCGGCGCUCCAGCAGCCUGCUGUGCCUCUCCCUGAGCCACGACCGUGACCCGGGGACGCUCGACUGCAAGCGCCCGUGUCCAAGCUUUCCUGACUGCCACUGUCGCCACUGCUCGUGCCGCUGCCGCCGCGCACUCCCGGCGGAUCCGCGGGGACAUGAGCCCCACGCGGGCUGGUUCCGGGGCGCCAUGAAGCGGCAGAACGUGCGGACCCUGUCCCUGAUCGUCUGCACGUUCACCUACCUGCUGGUCGGCGCCGCCGUGUUCGACGCGCUCGAGUCGGACUUCGAGAUGCGCGAGAAGGAGCAGCUACAGGCCGAGGAGAAGCGGCUGCAGGGCAAGUACAACAUCAGCGAGGACGACUACCGGAAACUCGAGACCAUCAUCAUGGAGGCCGAGCCACACAGGGCCGGCGUGCAGUGGAAAUUCGCUGGAUCUUUUUACUUCGCCAUUACAGUCAUCACCACCAUCGGUUAUGGCCACGCAGCUCCAGGGACCGAUGCCGGGAAGGCGUUUUGCAUGUUCUACGCGGUUCUGGGAAUCCCGCUGACGUUGGUGAUGUUCCAGAGCCUGGGUGAGCGCAUGAACACGUUUGUCAAGUAUCUUCUGAAGCGCAUCAAGAAGUGCUGUGGGAUGCGCAUCACAGACGUCUCCAUGGAGAACAUGGUGACGGUGGGGUUCUUCUCGUGCAUGGGAACGCUGUGCAUCGGCGCUGCGGCCUUCUCGCACUACGAAGACUGGAGCUUUUUCCAGUCGUACUAUUACUGCUUCAUUACGCUCACCACCAUCGGAUUUGGUGAUUUUGUGGCACUGCAGAAGAACCGAGCUCUUCAGAGAAAGCCUCUUUAUGUGGCCUUCAGCUUUAUGUACAUCCUAGUGGGGCUGACAGUCAUCGGAGCCUUCCUCAACCUGGUGGUGCUGCGGUUCCUCACCAUGAACAGUGAGGACGAGCGGCGAGAUGCGGAGGAACGGGCCUCGUUAGCCGGAAACAGGAGCAGCGUCAUCGUCCAUGUCCAGGAGGACUCCAUGGCCGGGAGGAUGCACCGAAGGAGGCGAGACCGUGAUCAGUACAGGUCUGAAGUCGCCGAUCUUCAAUCUGUCUGCUCCUGCAUGCAUUAUCACUCGCACGACUUCGGCAGCUCGGCUAUGCUGGCCGGAGAAGGAACAGGAAGAGGGGGGUUGGGGUUAGGAGGAAGACCGUUUGCGCACCAGAACUCCUUCACGUGCCAGCCGAGAUACUUCCACUCGCCGGUGACGUACCACAUUGAGGAGAUUUCACCGAGCGCGUUGAAGAACAGCUUCCUCCCCUCCCCUAUCAGCUCCGUUUCCCCCGGCUUGCACAGCUUCACGGACAAUUCGCGCCUGAUGAGGCGACGCAAGUCCGUCUGAAGAGGAAACCUCCCCGGGGCGACGGGCCACGCCCACACGCUCUUCCUGAUGUUCAAUAACCAGGGUAUUUAUUGAGAAAACACACAGAAUAAAGCUGCUCCUUAACCAAAAGCGCAUUUUUUCCACUCUCCUCAGUAUGCGGAUGAUUUAGGUUCUCGUGAUAAGACGCGUGCUCUGGGUUAACGUUCGAGUCGGACACAGGGAACAGGAAUACGGGACGAAACACGAGAAAACUCAAUGAGCCUUUUCAUUUAGGAUGAAAAGCAAAGAAAAGCAUGAAGCAUGGAAUUUUUCUUCCCCCAGAGACUCGUUCAUCUGUACACUGUACACGAGCGGGCAGCUGUUUGCCCUGGGUUUUUUUUUUUUUUUUUUUUUUUCAAGAAACCUGGGCUUGAAUUUUACAGCCUGACCUUCUUAUCACUCGAGACGAUGCAGACUCGAGCUUCAGCUACAACACAGAGGGAGAGAUUAUUUUUUACAGGGAGAGAAAAAAUUCUUCAGGUUUAUCUCUGGAGACGAAUUCACGCUGAGGGGAAUCUCAAGUGCCAUACAACACUGAAUGAGUAAAAAAAAAAAAAAACUAGUACGGACUGUCGGGACUUCCUUUUAAGGACGAUUUUCUUUUUCUAUCAUAUUUAGCAAGAUAUGAAGAUGAGACAUUGAUUUAUUUAA